CCGGCCCGACCGCGGCACCAUGUCCCGCCGCAAGAUCUCGUCAGAGUCCUUCAGCUCGCUGGGCUCGGACUGCCCGGAGACGAGCCCCGAGGAGGAGGGCGAGUGUCCCCUGUCCCGCCUCUGCUGGAACGGCAGCCGCAGCCCCCCCGGCCCCGCUGACAUUCCCUUCGCCGCCGCCGCCGCGGCCAGCGCCGGGGCGCGCCGCGCUCCGCGCCGCCGGCGGGUCAACCUGGACUCGCUGGGCGAGAGCAUCCGCCGGCUGACGGCCCCCGCGCCUCAGACCAUUCGGCAGACUCUUCAAAAGACACUGCAGUAUUUUGAGCAUCAAGUUAUUGGUUACAGAGAUGCAGAGAAGAAUUUUCACAAUAUAUCAAACAGAUGCUCCUACACAGACUGCUCUGGCAAUGAAGAAACUGAAGAUGUCUCAGGAAUUCUCCAGUGUACGGCUAAUGUGCUUGGUCUGAAGUUUGAGGAAAUGCAAGAAAAGUUUGGGGAGGAAUUCUUCAAUAUCUGCUUUGACGAGAAUGAAAGAGUUCUUCGAGCUGUAGGUGGGACCCUUCAAGACUUCUUCAACGGCUUUGAUGCUUUGCUGGAGCAUAUUAGAACUUCAUUUGGAAGACAGGCCACCCUGGAAUCUCCUUCUUUCCUAUGCAAAGAACUCCCUGAAGGCAAUCUCAUGCUUCAUUAUUUUCACCCACAUCAGAUUGUGGGAUUUGCAAUGACAGGAAUGAUAAAAGCAGCAGCAAAGAAGAUUUACCGCUUGGAAGUAGAAGUAGAACAGGUGACAAAUGAUAAGUUGUGUUCAGAGGGGACAAACCCAGGUAACUGCAGUUGUUUGACUUUCCUUAUCAAAGAACAUGAAAAUGCAAAUACCCCAAAAGCACUUCCACCAGGAACUUCCCAGUCCCCCUUAGACCUGAGGAUUAGUAUCAGCACCUUCUGCAGAGCUUUUCCCUUUCACCUGAUGUUUGAUCCAAACAUGCUGGUUCUCCAGCUUGGAGAAGGUCUUAGGAAGCAGCUCAGAUGUGACACUCAUAAAACGCUGAAAUUCCAAGAAUGCUUUGACAUAGUCUCUCCUAAAAUCAGUGCCACAUUUGAACGAGUUCUCCUGAGGUUAUCUACACCCUUUGUCAUUCGGACCAAACUUGAGGAUUCUGAUUCUGAAAGUAAAGAUAAGGUGAUGGAAAUUAAAGGACAAAUGAUUCAUGUGCCAGAAUCAAACUCUAUAUUGUUUCUGGGUUCCCCCUGUGUGGACAAGCUGGAUGAGCUGAUGGGCCGAGGCCUCCAUCUUUCGGACAUACCUAUCCAUGAUGCUACUCGUGAUGUCAUAUUGGUUGGGGAGCAAGCAAAGGCACAGGAUGGCUUGAAAAAACGAAUGGAUAAGCUGAAGGCAACGCUAGAAUGUACACACCGAGCCCUGGAAGAGGAGAAAAAGAAGACAGUGGAUCUCCUUAUUUCUAUUUUCCCUGAAGAGGUGGCUCAGCAGCUGUGGCAGGGGCAGCAGGUUCAGGCCAGGAAGUUUGAUGAUGUCACCAUGCUCUUCUCGGACAUUGUUGGCUUCACUGCCAUCUGUGCUCAGUGCACACCCAUGCAGGUCAUCAGCAUGCUCAACGAGCUCUACACACGCUUCGACCACCAGUGUGGAUUCCUUGACAUCUACAAGGUGGAAACAAUAGGUGAUGCGUACUGCGUUGCAGCAGGGCUCCAUAAGAAAAGCCUUAGUCAUGCCAAAGCCAUUGCCCUGAUGGCACUGAAGAUGAUGGAGCUUUCAGAAGAGGUUCUUACUCCAGAUGGAAGCCCGAUUAAGAUGAGGAUAGGCAUUCACUCAGGUUCGGUGCUGGCCGGCGUCGUUGGUGUGAGAAUGCCGCGCUAUUGCCUCUUUGGGAACAACGUCACCCUUGCCAGCAAGUUCGAGUCAGGAAGUCACCCACGCCGCAUCAACGUCAGUCCCACCACCUACCAGCUUUUGAAAAAGGAAGAAAAUUUUAUUUUUAUCCCUCGUUCCCGUGAAGAGCUUCCAGAAAACUUUCCAAAGGAAAUUCCUGGGAUCUGUUACUUCCUGGAGGUCAGAAGUGGUCAGAAACCGCCAAAACCUUCCAUCACAUCUACCAGAGUGAGAAAGGUGUCUUACAACAUCGGCACCAUGUUCCUCCGGGAGACCAGCCUAUGAGGCCUGCUGCAGAUCAAAGACUUGUCAAAAAAGCACAAGCCCAGAACUGGGUCAUGACAGGGGAGUUGGAGGUUCUUUGUGUUUCACUGCCUUCUUCUGAACAGGCAGUAAAAAGCUCCAUGUAAUGUCAGGCAAUAAUCAUUUUAAAAGGUGGGUAACUGCUGUCAGUAAACCAAGUGGAGAUAGGGAAAAAAUAUUAAACAAUGUACUUCCACUUCCAGAGGAAUUUCUUUCAUAAACUUCAGUCUGGCCCCUCUAUGGCAAACAAAACAAUGAAACAAAACCCCAACUCUCAAAUUAGAGGUUGGUCUUGUUUUGUGCAGAAAGGAUGAUGGUUCUCUGUAGAUUUGCACCAGCUAAGCAGAAUUGAGAGUCAGUUCUGAUUAUGCAUUCCUAUAUUUAAUGUGUUCUUCAGUAAGGUAAUGAUGUUUUUUAACUUUAUGAACAAGCAUUUCAUACAUAUACUGUAGAGCUAUUGUAACCUUCCUGGCAGGAGGAAUUAUGACUCAAUAGAAAUAUUGUAGGAAUUUUACCUAUUUUUAUACAUAUUUCACUUUCUGGAUAAUUACAUUCCACAUACUGUAAGCUGAGUGAGCUUAGAUAGCUUUUCAGAAGAAGUUACUGUGUAUUUCAUACAUUCUACCUAUCAAACCUUAUUGCUAUACAAGUGGGAAGAAGGCAUUUCUUGACUUUUUUGGCAACAACAACAAAAAAAAUCAAUAUUUACAGAAUAAAACCCCCACUUUGAUAAAUCACUUUAUCUGGUUUUUAUGCUAAAGCUUUUGAUGAGCACUGUCUUCUUAUAUAAAAUAAUGUUCAGUAUUUAUCCUACAGUGUUGUAUCUCCAGUCCUUCCAGGACAAUGUAAACAAAGUGCAGAAGAUCAAUGUGUGGACAAACAGAAAAGUUCUCUUCAAUGGGACUUGUUUUCCCUCCGAAUUAUCGGCCAAACUGGUUUUCAGUAAAAGCCCUGAACUUCUCUAAAAAUUUAGUCUUGUGAAAACUUAUUCUGAGGAAUUCCAGCAGACACUGAAAGCUCUCUGGAUGCUGGUUUUCCACAUUUUUUAAUAGGACUUGUGCUCCUAGUCCAGAUUGAUUGUUGAAAAUCCAUUCUGUUAAUAAUGAUUGCUCAUUUGGAAACUUACUCUGUUGUUGGAUUGGCUGAAGGUCCCCUGCUUUAUCUAGUUAAGAUCAAAAAAACACCAAAAAGGGAAAGGCAGUAUUUUUCCAGGUUUAAUGCAAAUGGCAGUUCAAGAUUUUUGUUAGUCCAAGACAAUUAAAAAAAACCCCCAAAACAAAAACAAACAAAAAUUUUUAUAAGGCCAAUUCUUUGCUGUUGAAAAUUAAUAGAGUAUUGUUUUUUUCAAUUAAUCCAGUUCAAGCAAGAUGUGUAUGUGGAACAUUUUCAGGCAUUGUUUAUUUCUCAGGUUUUCUUUUUCACAAGUAGUGGUGGUCAGUUUUCCUGUGUGGGUGUGCUGCCUUUGGAUCAUGCUGGGAUGGGUGAUGUGAGCUCGCAGAUAGUUAAAAUCUGUGCUGUGAUUUCAAAGUGGCUUAGCUCACAUGGGCCUUUAAUCACUUUAAUCAAAGAUAAGACUCAGCAGCAACUAGGAGGCAUAAGAUACUCUGCAUUUCUCUAAUUCAGAACAGAAAUUAGUUUGCUUAUGGAUUUAGUAGUCACAACAUGAGGCACCUCUUGAAAAUAGGAAAAUAACUUUCACCACAUUUCAAUAUUAUCCAGCUGGUUCUUUCUGUGAAGGGAAUGACAGUUCUCUAUUUCUCCCCUUUGACCAGUAGCCCCUGUGAGCCAGCAUGGCACUGCUAGCCUGUGCUGAGAAUGUUUCAGCAUUCCUUUCCAUGAAGCCUUUCUGGAUGAGAAAGGACUGUCUUGAACCUUUACCGACUUCAGCAGGCAGACGAUGUCUGAACUUAUCAUGCAGGGGUGAGUUCUUCCUUGCCUGAGGAGGGAAGGUGCAUGGGAAUUAGCCCAGGAACCUAUUUUUAUGCAAAUCCCCUCACUUUUAUAGUGGGUUACUAAUGUUAAAGAUUUCUUCCACUGGUACUAGAGCAUUCUUGAGUUUAGAGGAGUUAUUUUUUUAUCUACCUUGAUAAACAGCAUAUGGACUUCUGUGAGCUAUCUGAAAAAUUACUAAAAAAAAAUCUAUUCAAGCUUGAGAUUGUGAAAUUUCCAUCCAAAUUACAGAUCUGAGAAUUUCCUGCACAGGAUGACAAGUUUUAGCCUUUAGCUGUUAGUUUGCACAUAGACAGGAUGUAGCAUGCAUUUUUUUACCCUGGGAACACCAGUGAGAUGUGUAAGAGUCAUAAAUGGAUCAAAGUUCAUGUUUCACCACUGAAAGAGGAAUGCCACUUCCCAGCUAAUAAAUCCAUACUUCUGAUGUCAUUACUUAGUUCCCUAGAGUGAUUUUUUUUCAAAUAGCCAUUAGUAGAUUUAGAUUUCAGUCUAAUUUCUCUAUCACAUCUUCAUUGUUCAGUAGUUGCUGAUAUCAGUCCCAACCUAUCUGGCCAAGCUCUUUUUCUCUUCUCACGGCCCACAGUCCUAUGUGGAGAGUACAAAUUUAGAAGUUUAGACCAAAAGCUUGUAGUUCAAUAUCUUGUCACUUACAGUUGCCAGUAAGAAAUGUCUAGGUUAAUUCUGCACCUGAUCUUGAUCAAUGGAAACAUUUUCAUAACGAAUAAUGGAUAAAUGCUAGUUUUACUGGCAAAUUGGAGAAGUAACCAAAACCAGUUUGUAUCACCAUCCUCAUAGUCUCAGAGACUUUUUGAUGUAGAAGGAGAUUUAAAAUCAGAGAAAUCUGUGUGAGAACUGAAAAUUGGUAUCACCAUGAAUACAUUGAUAGUGUUUGCAAAUAAAUAAUCUAGCUCCCCAAAUCAGAGUACACUGAUUUGACUGUAUAAAAAUAUGCAGUCUUUGUUUUUCACAAGCUUAUAUGAAGGGAGCAUAUCUAGAACUGCAGUGCAGAUGCUAGGUAUUAUGUUAUUUGUGUUAUGAUGAGGGAUGUUAAUGAAAAAAGUGUGGGCUCUCUGGGGACAUUUUUCUGUGUCAGUGUGAAGAAAGUGUAAAACAAAUUCUCAGCACUUUCUAAAUUCGUAGUUGCAUCUGCUGCCUUUCAUGUUAGGUUGCAAGCUUAUUUUGUUGGACCCCUUUACAAAGUUAAAUGGAACUUAUUAUCAAGGUUGAUGUUGUCAUGUCAAUUAGGUGGUAGUCAGGCAUGACAUUUCUCCUACAACACUUACUUUUAGUGAUAGGGAAAAGGUUCUCAUUUUCCUGGUGUUGUCUUCAUAAAUAGAAAGGGUCUCAGAAUUUUGUACCUUGAGAUUAUGAGGUGAAGAGGUUAGAGGUGCUGAAAUGGUUACAGAAAUCAUAUACUCUAGUUGGAUUUUUUUUUUAACUUUUUACUUCCUGUAAAACAGAUGAUCUUUGGUUCCUCUGGGUAAGAAUUUUCAUUCUUGUGUUUCUUCACGUAGCUGCAACAAGCCAAAUCGGCUGUCUUGAGUUUCUGUGCAGAACAAAUCCACCCUCUCUGAAGAGAGAGGGAGGAGAUCUAUCUUGUAUUGCAUGUACAAGGCAAAGGGAAGGUGAUGUGAGGACCCCCCUAGCUGUGUUCAUCAAUCUCCUUGUGACCAGCUGGUUGUACACAAAUCAGGAGGCCAAAGUAAAGAGACUCCACAGCCAUUUCCCCAGAACACUUCUUACAGAUCUUGUGUCAGAUUUUUCCAUCUGUUUGAAGCUCCCCAUCACACCAGCUUUUCUGUGAUGCUGUUCAUAGAGAUCAUGAACUGAGAGCAAAAAGGAAAUAGUGAUGAAGUGGUAGGGCGGUGGAUAAAUUUUGUUCUGCAUCCCUCUGGUAAAAUUUGCCAUUCAAAGACAAAAGCCUCUGCAUGGGAGAAUUGCUACUAAGCCAGGACUCUCAAAGUGUGGUUUUCUUGCAGGAUCCCAAAGGAUGUUUCAUUUUUAAUUCCAGAGAGCCAACAGUCAUUAGCUGUGAUUGUGGUUUUGGCUUCCCUGCUCAUUCCCAUAUUCAGUUUCAGAUCUGAGUCUGUUUUGAAGCCUGGAAACACGCCUCUGCAAACAGAAAACCAAAGCUCUUAAAACUUGGAAAUCUUGUAUGGGAAUUGCCUGUUUUGAAGAAAUGCUUGUGAUUGAGUCAUUAGCAGUCCAUGGCAGUUCAUGUGUGUGCACAUGCCAUUUCACAGUGCUGUCUCCUCUUGUGCUUACAGUGUUCCCUACCAAGCCCAACAGCAGGAUCGGGCAUAUUUAACAUCCAUCUUCCAUUUUUUUCCUGUAUGAAGCAAGCAAAACCAUGACAUGCUGCAUGCAUUUAAAAGUAUCAGCACUGCACUAAGAUGUAAACUCUGAUAACUGGUUUCACAUUGUAUAUUUCUUGCUGUGAAUACAUCCUUCUCUCAGGCAAUUUAAAAAUGAAUGGAAAAAAAAAUAGCACCCAAAACUGCUGUGUUGCAUUGCAAAUGAGUCUGAGACCUGCAUUGGUUGUUGGGGUAAGCUGAGUUGCUGGACAACUUUGUGAUUCUUGAGCUGCCACAAGCUGUCACAGGUACAUGCUUUGUGCAGACAGUCCUGUCAAGGAAUCUGUAAUCCAGCAGCAGGGACACCUUGGGAGUUUUCCUCUUCUAGUCUGAGGGCACUACCUCACCUCUGCUGAGUGCACAGAGCUCACUGAGGAGAGCUAGUUCCCUGUCCUAAUGCAGUCUCAGAGCUUCUGGCUUCCUUUCUGGAUUCUGGCGAUCUUUUGCAAAAUUGUGCAUGUGUAGUAUUGGAAAUAGCAGCGUGCUUAAAUUAGCGACAAAACAAGAAGCUAAAAAAAGCUUGUCAAACUCAGAGACAGUUGGUUCCUUUCCCUCGAGGUAAUACAUUAUUCAUAAUGCUGUACAGGAUUGAGGGUGCCAGUGACAGGAGAGGCUAUGGAUGAAUUGAAGAUGCUGAGUGUGCAGUAGACUCAGCAAGUAGGAGUGGAUCGGCUUCUGCUACUGUUAAUAAUUCCAUCAUCUUGCAUGCUAUGUCCUGCUCUUGUCAGGGUUCUGCUCUCCAAAAGAUUUCCACUUACCUUCCCUUAGGACACUGCAUGUGACAUAGUGAAUAAUCCCUAUUGUUGUUCUAAUAAGCAUAUAUUGUUGACACAGCUGCUUAUAUCUAAAGAAUAACUGGGGUUAAAGGGCUGAUCUUACUCUUCUUGCAGCAAAGACAAAACUGCUAAGGUGGCACAGCAGGCACUCACAUCCUUAGAGAGGGAAAAGAAUGCAGUGCAAGUUUCCACUGGUGGAUUUGGGUGAAGUCAUUGCAUGAACAGCCCAUGGCAUGUUUUUUAGCUUUCACAAGCACCAAAUUUAUCUGUGCUGAUAGGAGUUACUCCUUAACGACGUUAUUCAUUUGCAAUGCAUGAGCAGGCUUACAACAAAAAUCUGUGAAGUGUUUAACCUCAUAUGCAUGAUUGAUCUUUUGUGGCUUGGCUGUUAAUCGUGCUUGAAAGCAAGAGAGACAGUGAAACUGAGGAAUGCAGCAAUUCAGUCACAGGCAACAGAUCAUUCACCUCUGCAGAUGCUAGCUUGCACCUGUGGCUUAGAGAGGUUGACCUCCAGUUCUCUGUGGACCAGGUUAGUGUCACUGUGUCACCAGAGCAACGAAAUGGCCUCUGAAAACAGCAUGAGGCAUCUCAGACUGCUUCCCUCUGGGCUGGGGUUCACAUUAGAGAGCCCAGUACACCAUGUGAUGCAAAGUGGCAACUUUGCUGGCAGCCUUAACAAAAGGAUCAGUGGAGGCAGAUGUUAAACCAGCUGUUUGCUCCGGGGAUUUUAGUUUCCAAAGGCAGACUGAGGCUGAAUGUGUUUUAAUUCGGACAAAAAGAGAGGAUUUCAGAGAAAAAAGUGUCUUUGCUAGCAAGGAGGCAGUGGAAUUAACAUGAAUCAAGAGGGACAUGCUGAUUACCUUGGCUGCAGCAGUGCCUUCUGCUGUCUGUCCCUCUUUGGCAUUCCAACAAUCAAAAUUUCUUUUGAAAACUGCAGGAGGGGUAAGCACUUCAGGCACUUGUCCCCUCUGCUUUAGAAAGAGUAUGAGGCUGCCUAAAUCCUUGAGUGUGCUUAACUUUCUCAGUGACCACAGACAGCAAACUUAGACGAGACAUCUGUUUUUUAAGAUGGCCAAGAUAAGGGAGACUGAUCCCACUGAAUUACAUUCUUUUCAGCCCAAGUGCGGUGUCUCUGAUCUUCUGUUGUGCUACUUUUCAGCAUCUUGCACUGGCCAGAAUAAAUUGAAUCCAACUAAGUGUCAGAGGGAUAGAUAAGCAUAUUCCAAGAUAAGUGAAGUGUUACCACUGUAGCCAUGGUGACUGUUGCAAACAUGGGCUACUGCAGUUCUGCAGAUCCCUCCUAGGCUGAAGACCCUGCAAGGGUCUGAACCCUUUGCAUGUGGUAUCAGCACUGCCAGUGACAACCCUGGGAUGCCAUUAGGAGUGUGAUUUAUGAAAGGUUUUGAGCUUUGAGCCCGUAGCCCAGUUAUGCAAAACCUGUGUGCCACAUUCACCUGAACUGUGUGCCAGAAUGCCUUCGUAAACCUUGUCCUGUAGUCUAGAUGGUAAUAACACAUAUAGAUUCCAAAGAACAGAGAGAUGGCUGCCAGGUUAUCAUUAGCACACAUGUUUUGUGUUUUUGUGAAUUUGCUGGCCCAAAAUUAACUUUCUAUUAGCAGAAGGUGUCACACUGAGCUUCUUGUUUUCUAGGUAAUUAUUCCUUAGCAAUACUCUCUAAUGACUACUCUUGAAGCAAUAAAUAAAGCCAUGCUAAUCUCCUCUGUGUAGGCUCCUGUACAACACCUAUCACCUUAACAAACCACUUUUCAGCGGGACAUUAAAUAGCAGAAUAACACCCUGACAUGUACUGUUUGUCCUUCCAUCCUCUUCCUCAGAGAAGAAGAGCAUGUAAUGAAAUCAUUUGAUUUUUUGAGGUGGUGUUUUUUUCUUAGUUUUCUAAAAGUAUAUGUUGCUAGUCACUUAAAUAAGUAAGAGCAAAAUCAGAACUAUGGACCAGAAUUAGAAAAAAGAGUUUUGGAUGUAAAAAGUAUUUUAAAAGACUGUUCACUAAGUGAGACUAGUCUCAGAUUCUAGAAACAACAGUACGGGUAAUAGAUGUAAGAUAUACCCAGGAAUGAUAAAUAGGAGUAAUAAACCAGGCAGGUAGAUACAAUGGAUUAUUUCUGUUUUAUACACAACAGUAAAUAGAUGCUUAAACGGAUUAAUACCCACAGAAGGAAAAUACUGUUUAAUCCAUUUUGGCAUUUUUUUUAUUACCAGUACAUCCCUAAGGUAUUUUUUUUCCUUCCCUAAUGAGAUUGGAACAUGCUGUUAAAUCAAUAUCAGAGUUUCUGAACUUAUUGCAAAAGAACAAGCUUAGGAAUAAAUAGCUAUCAAGGAAAGAUUUUUUUAGAUGUGAGCCAUUGCAUGAGAGAACAGAUGAUAUGGAAAAGAGAAAGGAGGUACUGACAGGUAUAUUUAUUUUAGAAGUUUCUAUGGCACUUCUGGUUGAUUGAAAUAAUUCUGAAACUGUACAUUGAAAGCAUGGCUUUCCAGUUCAGAUUAUUUGCAUUUCCUAAGAAGAAGCAGGUAAUUUUUAAAUUGACAUUAAGGGUCAUACUUCUUAAUCCCAUUUUCUCUGCUUAAACACAACCUCUUUCUGAAAGCUGAAUCUUUGCUGAGUGAUCCUGAGGUUCCAGAUACCUAAAUAAGUUUUGGAAAUGUGAGUUAGAAAUCCCCCCUCUAAAUUAAGUCCCAUGUGCUUGUCAGUGUUUAAGUUUAUAAACACUGUAGGAAACUUCUUGUAGGUCCUGCAAGUGUAUAAAUAAGAAGCAUCUGAAGAAAGUGAAGUCUGUGUGUAGGAGAGGGCAGCUGUACAGAGAUAUGGUGCUGAUGUUAGUUUUCAUCUAUUUGGAAGCUGGAUGACACAGAAAUUAUUCAUACAAAGUGCAAGAAAGUAUUGCACAUAGUGUCAUGAGCUCUGAGGGUGUAAGGUUGAAUUUUAGAGUCUAUAAUCCUUAAAGUUUUAGUGGAAUUGCAUGAGAAAUGCAUGAUUUUUGAGGUUUUUAUUUUAAGUAAGCGUUGAAUCUCUACUUACAUAGAAAAAUUGUGGGGGGGAAAAGAAAAUCUAGAAUGUCUAAAUACUGGAGAUAGGGAUAAGAAUUCCUACAUGAGUUUCAAUACUGAAUGCCACACUAGAUGUGAAAUAGGGCAAGUGAGGUACUUUGCCAAGUGGAAAUUUGGAGGUGGUAGUAAGAAUGUCUUUUAAAAAGUAUAUAGGGAUAAAUGUUAGCACUUUUUAAAAAAAUGGAGACUGCUUUGUUCUGUAAGUAAAUAUUGUUUAGAAAUACCUGAACAGAAAGAAAGCUUGGAAUACUGUUGUAUCAUAUUAAAAAAGUAUGAAGUCUAUGAGAUAAUCUGCAGUUGACACCCUUUCUUUCAGAAAAAGGAAUAUAUGGAGUUUUCAAAUGCACGUUCAACCAAGAGUUGUCUUUAGUAAAUUUGCAAGAAAGUGAUAUUUUAUCCAGUAGCAGAAAUGUCAUGCAGAUCAUGGUGGGUAAGGUCAAAAUUUAACUCAGUUGUUUAGAGCUUAGUAAGAGAUACAGAGCAUCCCAAAGCCAAGCUUUAAAUAUGCUCGUUGUCGCGACAGCAUUGUGCCUUUUACUGAAGUCUCAACAAAACCCUUUCUAGACAAAACUCCCAUCCUAAUACAUGACGUUUAUACUGUCUUGCUGAAAAGUAGGACUUCACUAAGUUGCAGACAUUAAUGUCUUUGAUGCUAGAAUAUUCCUUAUUAUUCUUAUGUCUCACUGUGCCCAAGUUGCACUGGGGUCCUCUAGAGAACCAAGGAUUUGGGGAGUUGCUGUAAAUACGAGUGAAAUUCAGCUGAUCUGCAUUUAGGUAUCUAAAACUUAUGUCUGGUCUGAGCUAGUCAGGUCAGUUCCCUCUACAGUCAGUGCAGACAUCCUGGCAUUUCAAAGAUUGAGCUGUUCUGGAGAAAGUCUUAGGGAUGAGAUAAACCACUGCCUUAGCUGUUCUCUUCUCUUCCCUCCCCAGUGACCACUGGUUCAGAUUAGCUGCCGUGCUGCAGGUGAGAUAAAUUCCACUGCUGUUAAGAAUGAGAAGAUGUAAAAAAUAGAACAUCAAAUACAAAUGGAGACAAAGACACUGGGGCAUGGGCCAGGCUUUAGCCAGAAAUUCAAAGGAAUAUGACAGUAAAAUUGCUAAUAUAUAAGAUUUUAGAAGUCUGGCUAGGGGGUUUAUUCUACUUGUAAGAACAUUCCUUUCAACUUAUAACUAACAAUCUGUGAUUGUUACUAACCCCCCACAUUUGCUCUAAGAUAGCACUAGUGUAUUAUCUGAUGUAUUCACCAAGAGCCAUCUCUCCAAACUAUCAUGUUGUUUACUGCUCGAUUCCCUCUUGGAACAAGUACUUAAUAAAUCCAUCCAUCCCAGAAGUAUAUAUAUAUUUUUUUUUACAUUGAAAUGAUAAAUUUUCCUCACCGAUUUUUUUUUCUGUUUUGUUUUCUUGAAACAGUAUGUAGGUCAGUGUCUGCAAUCACUUGGGAAAGAAAGGAGAGCAGAGGGUGAGGUGCUGGCUGGACGUUCUCUCACUCUGAUCAUAGCUCCUAAAGCUUCUGUCUGACCCCUCCCGAGUCACACUUGUGUCGUGAUGCCCUUGGAGUACCCAGAUUCUCUGACAGGAACAUAUGUCCUCUCUGAACCGGAGAGGAUUGGGAAGAACCAGGGCUGCCACUCUGCUAUCCUGCUCCCAUACAUCUCUUUUCUGUUAGCAGUUGCCAUUCUGAUCCUUAGACAUCUUGUGGUGAUUUUCACUGCAGUCAUGGCCCGUGGGAAAGUUCCUCUUGAGAAGAAUCAAUAGUAUGCCGUCUUCCACACUGUGAACUGUUGCUCUCCAGAGAAAAGGAUUAGAAAUAGUAUUGUCUUCAAGAGCUGAGAAAGCUUGCAGAUUUUCCAUGUACAGUAAACAGUUUCUAUAAUUACCAGGAAAACAAAACAAAGAGGCAGAGCUGUGCAGCAGGGCCAGCCCAUCUCAUAUGCACUGCUGUGAUAAUGAAAUCCAAACCCUGUGCAAUUGCAGACACAUUAUUCUCACUUGCUUCAAAGGUCAGCUGAGAUGCUGAUUUCUCAAACGGGCUCAUAGCUCUGAGACAACGUAACACUAGUCAUUUCUUCCAACAAAUUGCAGUUGUCAGAGAAACUGGAUUAGUAGCUCAUAGAGCUAAAAAUAGACACUAUGGGCUUGCCAGAGAGGGGUGAAAUCAGUGACAGAGGUGAAGGUACAUCAAAAUAUCAUGACAUCUGGAGAAAAAGCAAAUAAAAAAAGGCUCUACUGAAAGCAAGUUAGCCAUAAAAUUACAUUAAAAAUAAUUGUAAUCACAAAGAAGAAGAAUGGCAAGGUUUACUCUUAAUUCUGUUUUAUUCACCUUCUGAAUCCACCUUGCAGUUUCUGAAUCAGUUUAGCCACAGUCCCUCCAAAGUUAAGUACCACAAGUUAAGCACUGGAAGUCGUGUUAAAGCCGUUAUUUGAAUACUGAAAAAGAAGGUUUUGGCUUGAAAUUUCCAUCUUCUUCGCAGGAGGGAGGAGGAGAGAAUUUAUUGCUAAAAUUUAUUCAACUGAAAAAUAAAAGCUAAACUCCCAAAACCCAAAUCUAAUAACAGCUAUAGUGAGAGAAAAUUUCCAAACCUCAGCGAAUCUUUACUAAAAAGGGGGUAAUUAUUUUUCAUUGCCUCAAACAUUUGCAUUUUAAAGAAUUCUCUUCUGUGCCAUGAUUUUGCUAGUUCAUACUGCUUCUUGCUUGGAUUUAACAAACUAAACAAAACAAACCACUUUAUUCUUAGCUCUUCUUCAAUUACUUAUUUUCUCUAGCAGGGCAAUUCCACCAUACUGUGUAUGACCCUGAAGGAGCAACAAUUCUCUGCAGACAGGGAACCUCAGCCUGUUUUGUCAAGGUGAAAAAAUCUUCAAGGUACAGGCUGGGACUCAGCUGAAGACAGGGCUGGCAGGAGUUGCAUGCAGUUUCUACUAUGACUUAAGUAUUUCUUUUUAUUAUAUAUUCCCAAGCAGACCAAUGUAUAGCUCAGGAAUAGCCUUCACCACUUUCUUUACAAACUCUUUCUGUAGUAUGUGUCUUUUCUGCACACCUGUUAUAAAAUCUCUGCAUUUCAGAUCUGAGGCACUGACAAGUAUAGAGUAUAAAUAACAACUUAUGCCAGCAAAACAAAUCACUGUGAAAAAUAUUUGUAAAGCAUUUAUGCUCAUUGUUUUUCGGAUAUCUUAUCAGCUACAGUUCUUUUUGCAAAUUUUUGUUCUUGCAGAAGUCCUCAUUGUAAAAGAGUAAUCUUGAUUUUGGGAUUUAAUCAGCAUCAGUGCUGUUUAUCUGGCUUUCAGUGUGUCCCACUAUUACCCAGGGUGUUAAGGUUCAGUGGUGGAACAGAAACGUCAGGACAAGCAGCACAAGCAGUUAUCUGCAUUGCAUGUCCUACACAUUAUCUAGGCAUUCCAUGGCAUACUUUGAAUUUUGUAGAACAUGAUAUGCCUGCUUAAAUUUGUAGAAAUAUAGUUAGGGAUAAGUAAUACAAAAUAUGUGGACAUUGUCUGAUAGCUAUCUUGAGAUAUUAUUUUUAUAGUGUCACCUACCCUUGGGAUUGUUCUAAACCAAAUCAUGCAGCUUUAGCAUCCAUCCUUACUUCAGUGAAAAGCAUGGCCAUCUUCAUCCCUUUACUUUUUAAGCUUCAGUUUCUUUAAAGCCCAGAGAUAAUUGACACAACUAUUUUCUGACAAAGUAUUAUAAGAGAACAGUAACUGUUUGGUUUUUUGGUUUUUUUUUUCCUGAAUAUGAUGUGCUCCACUGCUAGGACUGACUACAUUCCUGCUUGAUAUAAGUUUGACCUUUCCCAGUUUACUAAAAUUUGCUAAAGUUCUUUUUUGCAGGAUCCUAUAGUGUUUUGAAGAGGCUGUGUAUAUUCUGUUUGUGCAAGUCACGGGUGCAACACAUAAAUAUUAAGGCAUUCUCAGAUCACCAUCCUGGAGAGUCCAACCUAUUAUUUCACAGCCACAAAUAAUCCUCCAACUCUCUUUGCCACUUUGCUCUGCUUCUAUGGCCAACCUUAGAGAAGGAACUGAAUGCUACUAAAAAUAAUCUACUGGUUUAUAUUUAUAUAUUUCAGUGGGAUUAAUCUGUAAUAAGCAGAAACUUUUGCAAAACAAGUUUGUAUUCUUGGCAUGAAAUUCACAGCCUGGGCCUACCAAGUCAUAGUUCAGUCUCUUCCCAAAGCCUUUGAGAACAAAUUGAACUUCGCAGGCAGUAUCUCGCCUAGAAGAAGAGAUAACAAUUUUCCAGUUGUCUGGGACUGUGAUUCGUACUCUCCCUUCUAAUCAGAAGUCAUGAAAUUCAAGAAAGUGUGAGUGGAAAGUCAUUUUUGGUACUUCAUUAAACAAUUUUUCCAGGAACCAGCUGAAAUUGGUGAUUUAACAGGUGAUUCAUUCAGGCUCAUCUUCAUUUCCUCUGAAAGGAAUGCUAGAGGACAAUUAGCUUUGCUGCCUUAGAGUUGUAUCUUUCAACUUUUCCCUUUAGUGUUGCCAAAGUAAAAUCUGAGGGCUAAUUCCUAUGAAGGUGGUCACAAACAUCAGUAGUAACAGAGCCAGACAUAUGUGAAGAUAACUUAGAUAAUUGUAGGAAAAUGGAUUUCACCUGAGUUCAUGAUACUCAGUUUUGGGAGUGGGAAUUUUAGGAAGGGUUAUGAACCACCCGUUGCUUGUGUGUCAUUUACUGAGGGCACACCAAAGGGACAGAACUGCUCAGUAGAGAGCAGUUUUAAUUUCAGCUUUAUGAAUGCUGAGAAUUGCUGCUAGUCUUGUUUCAAUCUUCUCUGUUCUGAAUGCUGGAUAAAAGUAUUUGGUCCUCCUCAAAUGUGAAGACUGACCACCUCCAAGCCUGCACUCCUGUGGAAAUGGACAAAUAUCCAUCCCCUGGGUGCAAACGCUUUUUUUGUAGUUCUGUAAUACUGUUUUAGUGUUGUCUUACAGAGCUUAUUUGAAGAGACUUGUACAAGCAUUCUGCACUAAUAAGAUUACAACCUUGCACUGUCAACAAUGGUUGCUUAGCAUUAAAAUAAUCUUGGAUGCCAUUAAAGAGUUCUAGAGUUCUAUCGGGGUUUAGAGUACUGAGAUGUUUGUGAAUCUGAACCUGUUUGUAUGAAAUUUUUCACAGACAAAGGAUAAUCUAAUUAAUGACAGUAUUUCCAUUUUAGUAAUACACAGAGGAGGUAAGGCAGUGUCCCUAGAGACUUCUGUCAACUUAAUGAUUAAGAGAUUAAUUGUAGUACUCUGUAAAUCUGAACAUUAUUUUAAAACAUCAGCCUGCGAUCAGUUGGGAAGGGAUGGGGCGGGUCAGAGUUUUACUGUCAGAGGGCAUGAACAGAAAAGCUCAGAAAGCAUAUAAGCCAGGAUCUUCCCACGCUGAAAUCAAGGGAUUAAUUGCAAAAUUGCAUCUGAUUACUUGUCCUGUAACUAGCUGUUCAGCAAAGGAAUCCGCCUGCCAACAGAAGCAGAGUCCAUACAAACUACCACAUGCUGCAUUUCAAUUUUUUUUAUUGGGAUUUGUUUGCCAGACUUAGUGGUCUGGAAGUUCCAAUAAGUACCUCUGGUUGAAAGUUGCUAUUUCAGUUAUGAUUGCUUCCCCAAACCAACUGAAUUUAUAACUAACCAAAGACUUACCUACUUGAAGAAAAAAAACAAAAAUAAAACAGUAAAUUUGGUUCUGUCAUUUGUGUCUUUGACUGUGAGCAGUUGAAGUGCAUGAUGUAUGUACUAACCAGGCCUGUGCUGUGGCAUUGAACAAGUUAUUCAGGGCUGCAGCAGCAGUAGAACACAUUCAGAAUUCAGUAUUAAUCCCUCUGUGGGACCACGAGUCUAUGUAAAAACUUGAUGUGCCAUAUGUGUAGGCCAUGGGAAAAUUGUGUGUGCAGUGAACUAUAUACGGUCUUAAAAGCUUUAACAUUUGUACUGCUCUUCCUAUAACAGAAUGUAUGUCUCGAUAGCUGUUGAUCCUAUGAGCUUCUGAAAAAAAAUGUAAUCUAAAGUUUAUUCUUCUUGUCUUAAAAUUACUGUUUUGUGUCUAACUGUUUACACAGACCUGCAUACAGCAAAGGGUCUUUCUCUGUAUGUUGCUGGGAAAUGGAAAAGCAGAUGCUGUUUGUAAAUCUUGCAGGCUUAGAGAGAUCAGUGAAUGCCUUUCCUGAAUCUCCUCCUGAUAAGCCACUUCUAUUCACUAGAAAAUGCAAACGGUGCCAAUAGCCUGGGCCUUCUUUAGAGGAAACAAAACAGCCUUGUUCUGUUCUGCUUCUAUUGAUACUUCUUAUUUUAAUCUUUUUGCCUCCUUUUGAGUAGUCUUUGGUGAUACAAUUCUUCCAAAGUGUAAUUGAGGACAGUUUGCCUUUUUUACCCCUCUUUUUUCAAAGCCACUGAAGGCCUCAAACAAGAAGAAGAAACUUUACAAAACUCAUGCAGGUAUGUUGUUAACAGAUAGCAGAAGGAUAAAACAGCCUUCUCAGAGUAGCCCAGACUAUCUUUUAACAGGGUGCCUGCACUGUGUUGUGACUUGACAUCUCGCUUUCAUAGUGUGACCUGCUAUUAAUGGUGUUUGUUGCAAUGAGGUCCUUUUAGUUUGUCCUAAAAGAUUUUACUUGUUUGUCACCAUAUUAGAAACACAAUGUACACUCUAUAAGAAAAGCAAUAUACAAUAUACUAUACAUCUAUUUCAAUGCCUCCAGUUUUAGGCUAGUAUUCAUUUCAAUGUUUAUAAUCAAAAUGCAGGUUUUUCUCAUUCUUCACAGGACCAAGCAAAGUUUUGCCUUGUCUAAAUACUAACAGUAACAUUUCUAUUCAACAAAUACUCUUUUCUCAUGCUUCUAGUUUUCUUGUAAUGGGCUCCAUCCUACUGAUUCCCCAUUAAUGCAUUUGAAAGGGAAAAGUAAUGAGCUAUUUCAGUGCAUGGCCUUUGCACAGUACCUGAUUCAUAAAGAUAAAUAGAUGCAAAAUUUCAUUUGUGAGUUACUAGUGAUCAGCAAAACAACAAAAGUUCUUUGAAGAUCAGCUGAGGAAAUUCUGAAGUUCUUGCAAUGCUUACUCAGUUUUGCAGUUUAUUGAGUCAUUGUAAUGGAUAUAUUUGAUGAAGCCUUUACCGUAGACACUGGCAUCUUCAUAGAAGCUGUUCUAAUUUCUGCUUCCAGUUAUAUGUGAAAUUGUACUAAAGAGAAAAUAUCUGCAAAUUAUUAUUUUUAAAAAAUCAUGCAAGUUUUCUUCACAUCAGUUCUUGCUUUAUUUGACCUCAUCCUCUGGUAGGUAGCUCACUUUAAUUAAUUCUUGUCAUAAUAGUAGUGCAGUGUCCAUAAAAAUGUUUCUCCAGUGAAACCUCACUCAAAAAUACUUUGAUCCUGAUUGUUACCAGGAUGCUUUUAUUUCAGAGCUAAGUAAUUGAAGAGGUGAUCAAAGAAGACAGAAUAUUAGGACAAAUAAAGAAAUUUUUGUGUAUAUGGUUGAAAAAGUGAUAUGAUGGGGAAGUAAUUGAGUUGGGUUUUUUCCUCAUUCAGAUUUGCUUAUACACAUUACAGCUGCUCAUAAAAUAUUUAUUUCUUCCUUCACUGUCUUUCUUUUGAAAUCAAAAGAUCUCCAAAGUAAAAAAAGUUAUCUGAUGACUUUGUACAAAUUACGUAGCAAAUGCAAUCCAGACACCAAAUCCAUCCAGACUUUAGUAGUCCCAAAGGCAGCUAAUUCACUGGAAGUCAUUGACAGAGCUUGUUCUUCUGAACAUGUAAUGACACAGUAUGAAAUGCAUCAGUUCACUUACAUUGUUGGCUGCUCAAGAUACCACCCAGACUGUAUUUAUUAUUCUUCUCCCAUUCUUAGAAAGGAGGAAAAAUAAAAGCUUAGUUCUGUGUCUCUGCAUUACUCGAGUUCUCAUAUGUGCAGACUGCAUCUGGAAGUAUGUUGCAGGCUUGCUUUUCUAUGACAGAGAAGAUGGUUUGUCUCUUUUGUGGUACCUCUUUUUUGCCUGUCUGGAAUUUUUUGACAUCUCUUCAACCAUAUCAGUAGCUUUUUUUGGGCUGCUCAGUGCCUGGAAAUCCUGGAUGAAAGGGCACGCUAAACGUGUGCAGAACGAUUCUGUAUCUCAGGUGAGAAGUUUUGUAAGGAUAUUUUAGGUUUAUUGCUAGGGGCAGACCAACUUUUCAAGUUCAGUGGGCUCACCUUAUGUUGUAGAGCUGAUGUGUAAAGGCACAACACGUGUUGACAUGUUACUCAGCCUUGUAGACACAUGGUCAAUGCAGUUCAGCAUGGCAAAUCCUGACAAAAAUGGAAUUGGCAGCAAUUGGAAUUUCAGAAGUUGGCAGGAGUACAUGAUUUGUACCACCUACUCUCUCUUGUGUCAUGAAAACUAUCUAGAAGCAUAGGAAAAUAAGAAGGAAAGAAAAAAAAGAAACAAAUGAGGGCAACUGUGAGGCAGAGCUCAUUUAUCAAAUUUCACGUUCCAGAGGUGGAACUAAAACCGUUCAAAUUCAGUGGUCAGUGCUGAUCAGCCAUCUCAUAGGAGUUCCACCUCAGCUUCCAUAUGUAAAUUGUAUACUGAGCAGCUAUAAUACUGCCACGGGGCAGGAGGUGUUUGACUUUUUAAUAACCACUAAAAUAUUGGUUAAAGGUUGGUUGCUGGAGUGCUCAAUACCCAAAUACCCUGCUGGGUCUUGGCAAGUAGGGUUCAGUUUCCAGCAAGGUUUUGUGGUAGGAGCUUUGAAUGUUCUUGUGAAUCAGGACUGACCAGGGGUGGUCCUAAGCCUUUGCAGACACACGUCCAGGACCAGUUUUACACACAUCCUACACACAUGCCUAUGUAUUUUAUGAAUCAGGUCUGUGAUCAAUGUUUUGAACAGUUCGUUUGCUGCAGUUUCAUGGGGUUAUUCUCUCUUUGGUUUGCACUGUAAAUAAUACUGUACAUCUGCUAUUUUAUGAUACAAAUGCCAUGUGAGUUGCUUAUUUUUAAAAUGUUAUAUAGCUCUGUUAUGAUUUAUUUGCAAUGCCAUAUUACAGUAUUGGUUUAAUAUACAAUGUAUCUCAAUGGCAUGAGUGAAAAUGCUUAUAUUUUGCAAUGUCAAAUAUUUUAUUUUUGUUUUUUAAAAUGAAUACAUUUCAUCCUAUGCAGUUUCAUAUAUGUUUCUUAAGUGGCUCAUUAUGUCUGAAAAUAUUGCUUCCCUUCCAGUAGUGCAAGCAUAGGAGCUAGUAUUCCUGAUCAAAAUCAUCAGAUAUAUCAUCUAGCAAUUUCAGAUUAGAAAUGUAUGUACAAAUAUGUAAGCAUUUAUAGUUAAUCAGAAGAUCUACUAUAUCUUCCUUGCUUUUCAUGUAAUGAUACAUUUUAAUCAUUUUGUAUUCUUUUUAUUUGUAAUUAUUUGUGACUCAUACACAGUGUAAAUAACAUGUUUCGUUAUGCAAGUUUUCUAGGUAUUCAAGACUACAAAAAAGUUUGUAUAUGAAAAGAAAUUGAUAGUAGAUUGGAAUGACAUAAAAUAAAGUGGUGAUGACUAUGUUCUAUUUAUACUGUUCAUUUCCAAGAUGUCUGUUAAAGAAAAAACAUUUUAUUUGCCCUUUAAUGUCCAACCAGUUAUUUGAAGUAUAUUUACAUCAAUAAAUCAUGCAAAAGUCUAUUAAAAGUCAUGAAGAAUCAUUGAAA